AUCACCACCAAGCCCGGAGCACCUGCAAGGGCUGUUUCCUGGGGGUGCCGAGGGACGGGGGAUGGAAGAGGGAAUGGAUGCUCUCCAUGACUUUGGAAUCCAGUCCACGCGCUACCUGCAGGUGAAUUACCAGAACUCCCAGGACUGGUUCAUCUUGGUGUCCGUUAUUGCUGACCUCAGGAACGCCUUCUAUGUGCUCUUCCCCAUCUGGUUCCAUCUGCGAGAAGCUGUGGGCAUCAAACUCCUAUGGGUGGCUGUGAUCGGAGACUGGCUCAACCUUGUCUUUAAGUGGAUUCUGUUUGGCCAGCGGCCAUACUGGUGGGUCCUGGACACCGACUACUACAGCAACACCUCGGUGCCGCUGAUAAAGCAGUUCCCUGUCACCUGCGAGACUGGCCCAGGGAGUCCCUCUGGCCAUGCCAUGGGUGCAGCAGGUGUGUACUACGUAAUGGUCACAUCCACCCUCUCCAUCUUUCGGGGGAAGAAAAAGCUGACCUACAAGUUUCGGUUGCUGAGCAUCGUGCUGUGGCUGGCCUUCUGGGCUGUGCAGCUGAAUGUCUGUCUGUCGCGGAUCUACCUCGCUGCUCACUUUCCCCACCAGGUUGUGGCCGGAGUCUUGUCAGGCAUCGCCGUGGCAGAAACGUUCCGCCACAUCCAGAGCAUCUACAAUGCCAGCCUCAAGAAAUAUUUUCUCAUCACCUGCUUCCUGUUCAGCUUCGCCGUCGGUUUUUACCUGCUGCUAAAGGGGCUGGGCGUGGACCUGCUAUGGACCCUGGAGAAGGCCAAGCGCUGGUGUGAACGGCCCGAGUGGGUGCAUAUCGAUACCACACCCUUCGCCAGCCUGCUCAAGAACCUGGGCACCCUCUUUGGCCUGGGGCUGGCUCUCAACUCACGCAUGUACAGGGAGAGCUGCAAGGGCAAACUCAGCAAGCGGCUGCCCUUCCGCCUCAGCUGCAUCGUGACCUCUCUCGUCCUGCUGCACCUGUUCGACUCUCUGAAGCCCCCUUCCCAAGUGGAGCUGAUCUUCUAUGCUCUGUCCUUCUGCAAGAGUGCCGUCGUGCCCUUGGCCUCCGUCAGCCUCAUCCCCUACUGCCUCGCCCGGGCCCUGGGCCAGACACACAAGAAGUCUUUGUGAGAGGUGCAGAGUACAUAAAGCCUGUGACUGUCGCAGCCUGAGGGGGCAUCGAGGUCUUCUGCCAGCCCACCUGGAGGCCAGAGGGGUUCAAAGUUAGCUCCAGUGCCCUCCCUUCUUUUGCCAUGCUGCUCAUCUGGGGGAUGAGGCUUUUGGCAAAGCUCAUGAGGUUAUCUGAGAAUGCCUUGACAACCAGAAGUUGGGUCAGUCUGGAUUUCUCCCCGAGACCUACUUCCUUAUGGUUCUUCCGACAGAGACGCAGGACAGUAAGACGCUUCCAGGCGGGGAUGCUCACACAUCUUGGCUGGACAUCCCGGCAGAGAUUUUUCUACCCUUGCUCAUCCUGAUCAAGUCAAAGAGAGAGCAAAUUUGAUAGGAAAAGAUAGCAGGAUAGAAGAAGAGUUGUCAGGAUCUUAUAUAUUAUGCAAAUUAUAUGACAAACAAUGUGGCUCAAACUGCCUCUAGUUUUUAGGGGAGGAAGUGUCUGGAAGGGCAGACCGACCUGAAAGGGGAGGAGUCGCUGGGGAGUGGGCUAACUCUGUCUCUGGCAAUUUACUGCUCUAGACAAAACGCCACCAUGUUGUCUUUAGAUCCUGAGUGUCUCUGGUGACCUCAGUAAUUGCGCUGGACCAGGUCAGGGAGGCACAGUCAGCUUUUCUCUUCCUCCCAUCUUCCUCUCUGUCAGCCCAGCUAUGCUGUCUCCCAGCGUGUCCCAGGGACUGCCCCGCUGCUCUGCUGCGUCCCCACACGCCCAGAAAGUGACCAUGGUGCUUCUGUAGGCUUCAGUUACAAGCUCGGAACUCGGGCAAGAUGGCAAGGAGGAAGGCGGGCUCCCUCUCUCCAGAAGGUCACUCCAAUGUUACUUAUGAUUCCUGGAGGGUAGAAUGACUCCUUUCUCCAUCCCAAGACAACCAAGAGCACAUCUGUAGAGGAAACGCUGAACUCUCCCUGGUCUGCUUUCCAAUCUGAGCUGAGGCUACUUAUUUAAAACGCCUUGUUUUUGCUACCAAUUAUACAGAAUACCAUGUAUUGUCAUCCACGUCAACCAUCCUGCUUUGAACAUCUUAGAAAAAUAUGUGUAUGCAGUAUUUUAUUAAACAAUGUUUUAUUUAAACAAUGAA